AUGAUCUUCAAGCGGAAUCAGCGGUCGGAGAUCCUUGCGCUGCGGCGCUGCAAUGCCGCGGGCGGCGGAGGGGAGGACGAGGUGGGAGGCGACCCCCACCCGAGGAAGAGGCGGAGGGGCGACGAGUUCUUCCCCGUCGAGCUGCUCGGACACGUCCCAGCCUCCGCCAUCCCGUACGCGGCCUUCGGGCUCCGGUGGAGCGAGGAGCCCGAGGCGCCGGCAGAGGCCGCGCAACCACCGCCCGCGGCGAGGCCACCGGUGGUGCGCACGUCGCGGGGCCGCACCCAGGUGCUGCCCUCUAGGUUCAAUGACUCGGUACUUAUCGACCCCUGGAAGAAGGAGAAGCCGGCCAAGCCGCCGCCGCCGCCGUCUCCGCCUGUCAAGACAGAGCAUUUGGUGCGCAAAAACGGGCUGCUGCACAGUAAAGGUGCAAUUUUUGACAGGAGCUUUGCAUUGUCCGAGGUAGAUGACGACGAUGAGGAGGAGGCCAUGGUGGAACGUUACCGAGCACGCCGCAAUUUUGGUGGCUCCAGGAAGUACUUAACCUCUCGGAGCACACUUACCUCGGUACAUGAUGAACCAUACAGCAAUUACCACAGAAAGGAAGUGAUGCUUAGGCAUUACUAUGAGGAAGAAGAUGAGGAAGACGAGGAGGAUGAACAAGAGGAGGAUGAAGGGUGUGAGGAAGAGGAGAAAGAAGAGACUUUUCACUGUACUGAGCAAUUGGUGUAUGGGGACAUUGUGUGGGCAAAGCUUGGCAAACAUCAGCCGAUGUGGCCAGGAGUGCUGGUCGACCCAACUCAGCAGGCUGCUGCCGAUGCAAUGCCACCACAGCCUCGCGGUGUUGCUGUGCUUUGUGUGAUGCUAUUUGGCUGGUGCACAGAGUUCAGUGAUGAGAAGAAGUACGUGUGGGUGACGCAGGGGUUGAUAUUUCCAUUUUCGGACUACAUGGACCGAUUUCAAGGGCAGACAGAACUAAGCAGUUGCAUACCUGCUGAUUUCCGGAGGGCAGUAGAAGAGGCCUUUUUGGCUGAUCAGGGAUUCUCAGAAGUAGUGGUGGAUUGCAGCACCAAGGGACAGCCUGUGGUGUGUCAUUCUUUCCCAGAUGAUUUACAUGAAGUGACUGGUUCAAAUGAGUUGGAGUACCAGCCACAGAUUAAGCAGUGCAGAAGAGCACUGCAGUGUGAGAGUUGUGGAAACUGCUUUCCGAACAAGGAUGCAAACAAGAUGGUGUAUGUGAUGGAGCAACUUGCUUGCAGACUUUGUGCCGGGAUCUUGGCAUUAAAAAAGUACUGUGGAAUUUGUUUAAAAAGUUUGCAACAUAAAUCUGGUGGAAGAUGGGUUUGCUGUCAUGGCUGUGAAAGUUGGGUUCAUUCAGAAUGCGAUGAAAACUGCAGCAACCUAAAGGAUCUACAAGACAACAGUUAUCACUGCCCUUACUGUAGAGUUAAAAUGAAUUCAACUCUCCCUGGGAAGAACACAAAAUUUUCUGAUGUCAGAAAAAAUAGUUCUGCACAGAAAGGAAGCAAGCCUAACAAAGUUGCACUGGUCUGUUUUGACCUGGAAGGAACAUACCAACCAGAUCUCGAAUUAAUUUCUUGCCAUUGUGGCCCUUGCAAGGGACAGAAAUUUUUGUUCAAUGAAUGGGAGCGGCAUGCUGGCUGUAGAAGUAAAAAUUGGAGGUCCAGUAUUAAGCUUAAGGGCUCAUUGAUGCCAUUUGGGAAAUGGAUAGAUCGACAUCAGCCAGGCGUGUGCCCUACUAAUCCUUCAAAACGCUUAUCUCAGAAAAUGAAGAAACAGAAGUUAAUUGAUUUGCUAAAUGACCCAUAUGAUCCUGUAAAUGUAAAAUGGACGACAGAAAGAUGUGCAGUCUGUAGAUGGGUUGAAGAUUGGGAUUACAACAAAAUUGUGAUUUGUAAUAGAUGUCAGAUCGCAGUUCAUCAGGAAUGUUAUGGUGUGACGGGUAAGCAAGACUUUACUUCAUGGGUUUGUCGGGCUUGUGAAAAACCUGAGCAAAAGAGGGAGUGCUGUCUUUGCCCUGUGAAAGGUGGUGCUUUGAAGCCAACAAAUGUUGAUAACUUGUGGGUUCACGUGACAUGUGCAUGGUUUCAGCCACAGGUUGCUUUUGCUGAUGAGCUCAUGGAACCUGCUAUUGGGAUAUUGAACAUUCAACCUUUGCUAUUUAUGAAGAUGUGUGUGAUUUGUAAGCAAAUACAUGGUUCAUGUACUCAAUGCUACAGGUGCUCUACUUACUACCAUGCCAUUUGUGCAUCAAGGGCAGGCUAUCGAAUGGAGCUUCACUGCUUGGAAAAAAAUGGCAAACAGACAAUAAAGAAGAUUUCUUACUGUGCCCAACAUCGGAGCCCUAACCCUGAUAAUGUUUUGAUAAUUCACACUCCUGCUGGAACUUUCUCAUCAAAAAAGCUUGCUCAGAGCAAUGGCAAGGUAGCUGCAUCGAGACUGAUCAGGAAAGAUAUUCCCUUGGAUUUGCCGUCAGAAGUUGAAAUUUCAGAGAACAUAUCAGCGGCAAGAUGUCGGAUUUAUGUUAGGAAGGAUCUAAAGAGAUCUAGAGAUGGAGCAAUUGCGCAUCGUGUUAGAGGACCUUGUCAACACCGCUGGGAUGAAAUUGAUAAUCUGAAUCCACCAAGGGAAAAGAGGGAUCCAGAAUCUUUUUGUACUUUCAAGGAGCGUUUGUGUUAUUUACAGAAAACAGAGCAUGGUAGAGUAUGCUUUGGUAGAUCAGGAAUUCAUAGGUGGGGACUUUUUGCUCGGAGGGACAUUCAAGAAGGAGAAAUGGUCCUUGAGUAUCGCGGUGAGCAGGUUAGACGAAGUGUAGCUGAUUUACGGGAAGAAAAAUAUCGUGUGCAAGGCAAAGAUUGCUAUCUUUUCAAAAUCAGUGAGGAAGUGGUUGUUGAUGCCACAGACAAAGGAAAUGUGGCACGAUUGAUCAAUCAUUCUUGCACACCAAACUGCUAUGCAAGGAUUAUGAGUGUUGGACAUGAUGAAAGUCGUAUUGUUCUAAUAGCCAAGAAAAAUGUUUGUGCUGGUGAUGAGCUAACGUAUGACUACCUGUUUGAUACAGAUGAGGCUGAUGAACGGAAAGUGCCAUGCCUUUGCCAGACUGCUAACUGCCGGAAAUUCAUGAAUUAG